CUCGGAAUGACUGGGAAUGCCCGAAUGAGCUUUUUUCCACUUGCAAUAAUCUAUAUUCCCAGAUAUUCAGAAAAUCAUGUGUACCUUUUUAUGAAUGAUACACCCCUCUUGAUUCAGAUAUCUACGUUUCCGCAUUAUGGAAUUUCUUCUUAUUCUUUAUACGGAUAAUUAGAGUAGUCGACAAGAACGAUUAGAUAUUACGACGUCCAUAAAAGCAUUAGUGCAAGGUUAGGUCAUAAUGAGAAAGAAUAUCCUCUUGAUAUUAUCAGUACGUCAUCAGGCCAAGUAUGAUAAAGGUAGGAUCAAGAGUUUAUGUCAAUCAAUGAAAUAAUCGAAAUGGUCCAAGUUAUUCUUUAUUUAGUUCAUAAUUUCCUUUUAUAGUAGUGAAUAGAAAUAUAGAAGAAAAUGGAGAAAGAGAAGAUGGAGAGUAUAAAAGAACGAUGAUAGAGUAGGAUAGAGGAUUACUUGGAGUAGAGAAAGGGGAGAUAAUUCUGGAGUAGUAUGGAGAAGGAGUGAUAUAGAUAGUUUAAGGAAAAGAGUUACUUAGCUAGAAAUAUUAAAUAGAAGUUAUAACUUAGAAUCGUGAAACGAUAAUCGUUCGACAUUUAUUAUUAUUGUGCGUAUUGUAAUUAUUUAUCAAUUAUUAUUAUCUGUGUGUGCUCAUAUUGUUAUUAAAAUAAAUAUCAUCAAAACCCGUAACAUUAUAUUUUGAUUUAUCAAUUCACCAAGAUCAAAGAAUAAUAGCUCACAAAAUAUUUCGUUACACCCACCCCCACCCACAUCCUCAAGUGUUGAUUUAAUACCAUUCUGUAGAUAAUUGUAAUUAUACUUAAGGUUGUACACCGCUUAGAAUUAAUAUUGCGAUCUACUUAGUUGCUGAAUGAUGUGCAUUGACAUAAAAAGAGUGCAUUACUAAUAUCUCGUGCGUCAUGAAGAAGUUAGUAUUUAAUUUAUAACAUCGAUAGCUUUUUAUGAUUAUGAUUAUUACUAUUUUUCGUAAGAGAUUAGAGUGAUGAAGGGCAAGUAACGCAUGCCAUCAACAGCGCUGCAUAUUGAUACUUUUCAACAAUUAGUCACAGUCAUCGAAAUAUAAAUACGUGAGUUUUUGUGAUCAUAAAAGUUACAAAAAUCAAUAAAAGAAGUGAUAUGUAAAGAGACCAUAUAAUAGCCAAAAUAAAAAAACGGAAUGUCAUCUUUGUUCUCAUUUCAGAAACAAAAAAAUUCUAUUUUUUGUAACAAGUCUUGCAAUACAAAUAUUAAUUAUAAUGACUCAACUCAACUCACGAGCUAAAUUCUUUUAUUAUCAAUGUGGCUGUUAUUAUUCAGAGAAUGGCCAACGCUUCGACGACAAAAAAGCACUAAAGGAUGCUGUGAGUUUAUGGAAGUGUCCACUUCAUCUAGUGUUUCCCAACUGGUCUGCAGUGGAUGAUUUUACAGAUCAAGAUGAAGAAAUGCGGAACUCGAUCACACAUGUUAUAAUACUCGACCAAGAAAAACGGUCAAAAGAAAGCUUUCCAUUCAGCGUUAAGGGAGAUAUCCAUCUUCCUAUAAACAGAUACGAGUUAGCGAUUAUACUCCAUGGAUUGAUCGGAAAAGCGUUUGAUGAAGAACAAAAAAGCUUUCCAAGAAAUGAUCAAGCAAUGAUUGCAGAUGUGAAAAACCGUUGGGACCAAUUUCUUACGUUUGUUAAAGAAAAUCCACCUCAAUAUGACUGUGUAACAUGGAAUCACACAGAUUGA